AACUAGGUGAGUACACACACAUAAACAUUCGACGGUCACAACCCAACACUUACCUCGCUCCCUCGUGUAUAUACUACUAGGUGAACACAAUGGCAGGUGUAUGGAACCUGUACAACUGUUGAUUGACAGUUGAGAGGCGGGACCAAAGAGCCAGAGCUCAACCCCCGCAAGCACAAUUAGGUAAGUACAAUUAGGUAAGGGAGGAAACGUGUCCAAACGUCUCAGGUUUGGCGGGGCGUCGAACCUGAGGCAACGCCAUUAGUACCCACAGCAGUUUAAGCGUUCUUGGUUCUUUCUUUCUUUUAUUUUGUACCUAAGACUGUCUUUUUGUUUUCUAUUUUUUGCUUCCGUGGAAUUCAAAUUAAUUUUCAUCGCUAUCUUGAGAGGUUAAGUGAGAAUGCUCAUACGUCUGGCACCAUUGGGUUCCGAGACUCCCGCCAAAUGUGCGUGUUGCUAUGUUGACAAGGUGGCCAUAUACAUGGACGUCAAGGCACACCACAGGACACUAUCCUUAUAAGGAUGAUUCUAUGUGUUUACAGAAUUAAUUUUAAACAAUAAUUUAACUAUUCUCUCACUUGUUUUGAAUGUUAAGAUUGUCAAAUUCAGUUUGAGUCUCUUACCCCGGCAUUAUAUACACGUUACAUUCUGGUGAAAUCAUGCUGUUUAUAUAAGCAGUAUUUGUGUUAUAAUUUUGAAAUAAAAGUGGAUUUUGCAUAAUUAUAUAAUUUCGUGACGUUAUAAUGGAUACUAGACAGUAAUACAUUAUACGAGAAGGUUUGUGAUAUGAUUGUAUUGAAUUUUUCUGCUACUUGAAAUAGUGAGUAUACCCAGAGGAUUUUACGUGUUGUAAACAGAGCGAAGUGAACAUUGGUGUACUGAUGUACCAUUAUUGGCGAUACUUACCACCUUAAGUUUACCCAGCUCUACACACCCAAGGGCAAGGCUGUCCUAGUGAUCAUGUAGUAUGUACACAUGUCAAUCGCCAGUCUUGAUGCGAUUGUUGUCAAGUUAACAGUUACAUGUACGUGCCAUAAAUCCCUCGAGUGUUCGCCCGUUGAUAACAUUUACAUAAAAAUAAAAAAAUAAAAAUGUUUAUUCAGGUAAAAGUACGUACAUAGAAGAUGAGUUACAAACAUAGUGUUGGAUUUAUAGAUAGAGCUAGUACAUACAAUACCUAAAGCCACUCAUACGCACAGCGUUUCGGGCAUGUACAGUUACAUGUACGUGUUUCGGUACAUGUACAGUUACAAACUAACGGGAUGGCAGCAUCGGACUUGCAGUCUCUGCGUUCAAACAUUUACUUCGACAGGUACAACAAUUGUAUUAUUGUUGUGGCUCAGAGGGAGAUGUGUCGUGUGUUUCUGUGGUUUUACCACCAACACCACCAGGAGGACCCGCGCCUCUAUGUUGGGGACUGUCUACGCAGGACUCGUGGUGGAAUGAACGGUCUUUCUACCCGGGAAAGAGCCUCUCUGGGCCGUCGGGACAAUCCAGUAAAAAUGGACAUCACGCUGCUGUACAAGCUUCUCCAGCGCACCUGCAAUCUUGCUGAGGACCCACCAACAUCAUCUGUUUGGAACAGUCCAACUACGCCAGCUGAGGAACAGAGCUUAGAACACACAUUAUAUAAGAUAAAGGAAUUGAGAAAUGAAUUAGUUCACGAACCAAUGAAAUUGGCACACAUGACUGAAGAUGAUCUUAAAGCUCGAGUUUGUGAACUUUGUGACCUGUGCUGCCAUAUUAUACAAGAAGCUGGUCCACGCACUGGCCGGACACCACAGGAGAUAAAUACCGCCAUAGACAACAUAAAGAACGGCCUUCAGUAUAUUCAGACCUCAAGGCCAGCCUCGGGUAUGACUCCUCAGAAGUUUGCUAUGUUUGCUAAACAAGAGUACAAGGAACUGAGAGGGACCACGUUAGACACGAGCAGCUCAUGUGUCAUUCCAAUAAUUAAACGCUCAAUCAGCAUGACGGCCAUGACACCAGAGGAGGAGGUGUCACUCUCACAGCUGCUCAAGUGGCGGUGUGUGGAUGGCACUGUGCCAGAGAUCAUUGUGGUGCAAGGCGACAUUGGUGCAGGCAAGACCUUCCUCUCUCAACAAGUAAUGGACUCGUGGUUGAAGAAUGACAACAGGAUUGAUGACCUUGCUGGGUGUGACCUGGUGGUGCUAAUCCAGUGUCAUGAUGUGUUCACUCGCGACCUGGUGCGACUUCUGCAGGAUAAUUUACUGCCUCAGACUAUCCAGUGCUGUGAGGCUACUGAAGUAAUGGGCAUUCUUAACUCUUUAAGGAUCCUGUGGAUUAUAGAUGGAUUUGAAGAUGCCUCAGCUGAUGCUAAAGGAUUAUUAACUCGUCUCUUCAGCUUGGCAGGGCCAGAGCAGACCUUCAUUGUGACAUCUCGACCGGAAUAUACUCUUGCGUUAACCAACAUCAUUCCCAAAGGUAAAAAUAUUUGUGAAGUAACACUUAGUGGCCUUAGUAGUGGCGGAAGGAACGCUCUUCUGAAAGAAUUAAUACAGAAAAAGAUUAGCAAUGCAUCAGAGUGUACAAACGAAUAUGAACAAUUUAAAAUAUACUUGAAACAACAAAGUUCAGAAGUUCAAAUGGAGCUCAGUAACCCACUUAAGUUAAUACUCGCUGUUAAAAUUUGGAAAGAUAAAAGCGAGAUUGAGUUAGGAACUACUCUGUCUGACCUGUACAGUGCGAUACAAGAUGUCCAUGUCAAAAAUAUUAUGGAAAAACUCAGACUCAAAUGCAACCUACUUGAAGAGGAACUCUUGGAACGAGUUCAGGAUUGGCUUAAAAUAUUGUACAAAGUUGCUUUUGAUAUGACAACUAAAAGCAGAUUUAUUAUAAUUGAGAAAGACGAUGAAAAAUUACUGAAAGGUGAAGGUCGAUGUCUUCUGCCUUCAUACGCGGACUGUUUGUCAACGUUCCUAAGUCUCACAGAGGGAGGAAGUCAGUACAAGUUUGUACACAACACUCAACAAUAUUACUUCGCUGCACAACACAUUUGUGCGUUGUUGUCACAUGAAACAUUUGAUGAAAGCAAGUUUGCUGAACUGUUCAACGUCGAUCUAGCUCAAACAGGGCAAAUAGAUCGUUUUUAUGAAGUACUGCUACACACUGUUUCAAGUUUGAUUACACAAGGAAAAUUGAACAAUGAUACAACAAAGGUUUUGAUAAAAAUUCUGAGUCAUUGUCAAAACUGUAGUUGGCUUGAUGUGGUGCAUUAUGCUUCAUGCACUGACACUGUCGUCAAGGAGGUUAGUAAUUACAUGCCAGACUUGUGGGGUGUCAAUGACGCAAGUGUCAAAGCGACCUUGAAGUUACUACAGUACAAAACUCCCUCUACGAUUCUAAUUGUGAUUCGAGAAGAUCCAGACAAAUUAAUAGACUUAAAACCCUUGUUAAAACGGAUUUCAGAAAUUCCUGUAUUUAUCGACGUAUGUUUCAGUUAUUAUUUUAACUAUAUAAUAUCAGAUAAAACAUGCGAUGAUUACAUAAGAAUACUUUGUGAUUCAUCAGCAAAGUGCGUCAUAUUUCACUUUACAGGAAAACUCAGUACUGUUGGGUGUUCUCUUAUAUCUCAAAUGCCGCACAUAAGAGUCUUAAAGUUAAUUGUUCCAACAAAAAUAAUAUUAGAGAUAAUUUUAUCUCUCAGUUCUUGGGCUGAGGACCUAGAGGAACUUGUCAUGAUGAUAACAAUGACAAAUUUUAACUCGCUGAUUGGUGUUUCAGCAAGAGGAGACAUCGUUCUGGACGUAUACCUCUCAAACGCUGUAGACACCAAUUUAGAGCCGGUUGUAAACUUUCUCCGCCGCAUAAGUAAUAGAUACAGGAACAUAGGCUUACAUGGAGCUUCAGCUGAAAAUGCGCUUCAUUUCGUCCAGGGCCUUAAAGCAAAAGGUGUCAAGGCAGAAUGUCUUCAAAGGAUUGUAAACAUAGACACCAGUGAAAUAAAGGGCAGAUUUAUUCUCCCUUAUGGACCAAUACCUUCAACUGUUUCUGAGAUGCAGUUUUUAUAUAUGUGGCGUAAACCGGAGGUGAACCUUAUUAUUAGUGGCAAUGUCUUAUCUGUGACAAUGACUGUACCAAUGGAUAUAUGAUAUUAGGUUGUACCUUUGAAUUUAAUCAACAAAUUUAAUUAAGUGAAACAUGAGUUUGUUUACAUUGUACUGCACAGUAUAACAUUUAUAUACAAACAUUGUUUCUUCUUGCAUUUUGGGGUCAAGUGACAUUAUAUUUAUUCCUGAACUGGGCCCAAUAAUUAACACUCGGACGAAUUUAACAUCAAACAUCCAAGUGUUUAAUGGUUCUUUAACCCAGAGGGAAGAUACUAAUCUCGCUAGACAACUAUUAAUUGAAGUUAGACUGCAAUCACCUGUCCGAAUACUUCGCCGCUCUCUACGAUUAAAUGCUACUUAAUCGUAGAGAGCGAGGUUAACCCAUGUUUAUAUAUGUAUAUAUUUUUGCAUGAAAUCUUAGCACACUUGUGUCCUGUAUGUCAUUUGUAUAUCUUUCGUGUUGACGAAACCUCAAAACAAAAUGGAAAGACUUUAAGUGAUUUAGUGUUUCUUCACCAAGUAGAUAGUGAAGGUAUUUACGCAGAAUGGAAAAUAUCCGGAUAUCCCAAUACUCCGGAUACCAAUUGUAAUAAUAAUGUGUUGAAUUCCACGUGUUUUAUAAAUGUAUAUAUAUAUAUAUAUAUAUAUAUAUA